AUGGAGGAGGAGGAGGAGGAGGAGAGUCUUGAUCCCUCUGCUAAUAUUGUGGAGGAAAAUGAGCCCAAAAAGCGUGUUGUGAUGCUCUCUGCACGCCAAUCCAAUGGACUGGGUGGAGCUCUUUCUCGCGUGGGCACAGAAUAUUACAUGAAGGAUGUGCAGAAAGUGCAGCCUUCUGAAGCCCAAUUUUAUCAAGGAAUUAUUUAUAUUCCUUGGAUUGUCAAGCCUAUCUGGGGUCUCCUCACGGAUGUUGUCCCAAUUUUUGGUUAUCGUAGACGGCCUUAUUUCAUUUAUGCUGAUUCUAUGGGAGUGAUCUCCAUGCUCCUGUUAUUGUUCCAUGAAAAGCUGCACCUCGCAUUUGCCGUCUUGUCAUUAACAGGAAGAAGUGCUGGAGUAGCUGCAGCAGAUGUCACCAUAGAUGCCUGUGAGGCACAGAACAGUAUUAAUCGUCCUUCACGUGCAUCUGAUGUGCAAAGUCUGUGUGCCUUAAGCUCCUCCAUUGGGGCAUUAGUGGGAUUCUCUGUUAGUGGUAUCUAUGUUCAUCUUAUAGGCCCUAAGACCGUGCUUGUACAUGUUGCAUUGAGCUUGAACAUCCUUGACGGAAUGUUCUACUGGUAUACAGACUCGAAGGACGGUCCAGGUUCAGUUGGGUCUCUUUUGGGGGCAGUACUCUAUCAGUAUGUUCUAAAGGAUCAUCCUUUCCCGGGGCUUGCUCUUCUGGACUCAGUUGCUUUAUAG